AUGGCCCCCUCUACUCCCACUCCCAGCCCUUUCGCCGCCAUGAGGAAUUUUGGUGGUAUGGUGUCAUCUGCUCUUUCUUUUGGCGACAGAUCUCGCCAAGUCUCCUCCCUUGGCCUCGGCACUCUCUCUCUGGGGGAGCCGUCCGGCGCUGCCUCGCCUCCUCGCUCCGCCUCUCCUCCCGCUGGUUCUCACUCCCCCGUGUCUGGUUCUCCCGUCCGCGUAACUGGUUCUCCCGGAGGGCCUCCUCCUGCCGCCACCCCUCGCCGUAGGACGCCCGCCUUUCGUCCUGAAAGUGAGGAUGAUGAUGAUCGGGAGGGUAGGAUUGAUAGUGAGGGUGAAAGCGAGUUAGAAGAAUACCCGGAUGAUGAUGUGGAGGUGAUUAAUGUAGAGGACAACGACGUAGAUAGUCCUGAGCCUCUCCAAGACAUUGCUAACUCGCAGCCGUUCCUGUCCCCCCCCCCUGCUCAAAUCGUGGGCCAGAAACGACGCCGUUCCCUCUCCUCUUCUUCCUCUUCUUCCUCUUCUUCCUCUUCCUCUUCCUCUUCUUCUUCCUCUUCCUCCUCUUCCGGGGUUCUCCCCCCCGCCAACGCCAUCGCCGCUGCUGCCGCCGCCCGCCCUGCCGCCGCCGCCCCCGUCGUUGCUCCCCCCCCUUCUCCCAGAGGGGAGCCUUCGCCCAAACGGGUGAAGAGAUCAUUGCGGGAAGAAGAGUACUUGUGGGAGAAGAUGAAGUCCGAGCCUGGACGUUGGGUCGCGGUUGGUGUUGACGAAGCGUGUGAUCGUUGUCGACCGUCUGUCCCCCGUUCGCGGGUACCACCUUCGUCUCUCCGGUCGAUUCGCCGCACUUCGCCGGACUCCCGCCCAUCACCUCCGUCGCCGUCGCCCUUCGCUCCUGCGGCCGGCCCGUCACGUCUCCCCGCUGCUCCUCCUUCGUCCUCCCGUCGUCCUUCGGCCCCUCGUCCGUCCUCUCCCGUGGUGGCCUCUCCUCCGGCCCACGGCACCCGAAGUCGCCGUCCUUCUGCUCCUCCGGCCACCCCAGUGGCCCCCCCUGUCACCGCGUCCCCCGCUUCCAAGAAGACUCCAAAGUCUUCUUUAAAGAAAUCAAAAGGGAAAAGGAUGGAGAAAGAGGUCGUCUUUGAAGGUGGUGAUGUGGAAGAUGAAGCUACUCAGCGUGCUGGGCCCUCUGUUCCUCGGUUGUCCUUCGUCCACCCUCGCAUCUCUCUGGACCCUCGUAUCCCGGAGGAUGAAAAGGAAUUUGCUACGUAUCGUUCUCUCGUUCUUGGCCUCACCACUCAGCUUGACGUCGCUCGACGUGAUACAUCUCUCUUGCUCGACUUCUCCACUCGUCAAGCCAACGCCUUGAAUAACCUUACUGCGGCGUUAGUAGAUGUAGUCAACGGUGGGAACCUGAGCGAGGAAGCAAGGACGAGGUUAGCGGACGUCUCUCACCGAAGCCUUACUGAGAUAGCCGAUGUUCGCCGAAGACUUUACGACACCCCCUUCCUCGUUACUCCCAUGGCGUACAAGCCACCACCGUCCAUCGGCUGGUUAGGCCCCCGGAGUAGUUCUCGUGUCCCUGCUUCUGCUCAGACUGCUCUCGAUCUCUUCAGUCUCCCUUUCGAGUGUCUUAGGACCAUACGUUCCUUGUGGAGGACUCCGAGCAUGCAAGCUGCUCGGGAUGUCCAGGACUUCGGUGAUUUCUUUGGGGCUAUGAAUCGGGCAUGGAAUGCUUCUCUCUCGUCUGCCUUCCCCCCUGACAGUCUCGAUCUCCCUUCGGCCAUCGGUACUCUCCACACCAAUCCCGCGGGACCGAGUAGAGCGAAGGAGAAAGGAAAAGGAAAGGGUAAGGGUAAGGACAAGUGA